ACAAAUGACUGUGAAUGAAAAGCCCUAUUGGUUUGUUUUUUGUUUCGUUUUCAUAAUAUUAUGAUAAUAACUAUAAUGAUAGCUAAUUUAUUACAUUCCUCCGUUUGUUGAAAUAACUAAACAUUUAUUGUGUCAUUUUUUGUUUCCUAAACAAAGGCAGAAUAAGUAUACAAAAUUUUGGAUUGAAGAAGUGGUCUUUUAAACACCAGCAGUUCCCUUCUACCACAGAGAGAAUACCCCAACCAACGGGUAUUCUGUGCUUCUACAUCUUAACUGAAGGCAGAUGGCCCACUAGAUUAUUAUAUGGUUGCAAAGUUAUUUUCCAACUUCAUACAAACAGUGAGUGUGUUGUAUUUAUGUCCCCUAUUUAAUAGUUUUUGUCAAAUUUCAAUAUUUUUAUUCAGUUGAUUUGUAUAAUAUGGAGUUUAACAUCGAAAUUGAAGAAAAAUUUAUUGACCAUGACCAAAGGUAUAUACAUCCUAAGCCAUCCACUUCAACCAAUUUUGUAGACUUGAAGAAUGAACCAGAAGAAGAUAAGUCAGCAAUGGAACUACAACUCAAAAUUAAGGAAGAAUUUGUUGAAGUUGGCCACCGUUAUAUAGAGAAUCAGCUAUUUACAUCUCUAGAUCAUAAAGAGUUGAAGAAUGAACAAGAAGCAGAUAGCUCAGCUAUGGAAGUAAAAGUUGAAACUAAGGAUGAGUUUGCAGAAGAUGACCAAAGAUGUAUAGAAACUCAGCCGACUACAUCCCUAGAUCUCAAAGACCUGAAUACUGAAAAAUGUGAAGAUAACUUAAACUUAGGGUUUCCACAAGAGAACACAUUGGAAGUUAUGAAUGUAGAUUCAAUUGAUAAGAAACGAUCUAUGAGUAGACCUGUUGAAGAAAAAAUAUUAAACUAUGAAAUUUGUGCUAAACAGUUUGCAAAAGUUCACACUGGAGAAAAACUUCACAAGUGCAAAAUUUGUUUUAAGCAGUUUUCUCUAGCAGAUAAUUUGAAAAAACAUUUGAGAGUGCACACUGGGGAAAAACCUUAUAAGUGUCUUUCUUACAAGAAGAACCGAAUGGAAAUGAUGAAAAUUUUACCUGAAGAUUCAUUUACUAUAAACCAGAUAAGUUUGAAAUCCGAAGAAGCGACAAUAAAUAAUUCUAUUUGUUCUAAAGAUUUUAAUUACAGAAGUAAUGUAAACGAACAUAUGAACAACGAAACUGGAGAAGGACUGGAGAAGAACAAAUGUGAAAUAUGUUUUAAGCAGUUUAGUACCUCAAGCAGUUUGAAACGGCAUUUGAUCGUGCAUACUGGAGAAAAGCAUCACAAGUGUGAAAUCUGUUUAAAGCAAUUGUCUCACAAAAGUCAUUUGAAACGACAUAUGAGAGUGCACACUGGGGAAAAACCUUGCCGGUGUGAAAUUUGUUUCAAAUCAUUUACACAAGCAUCCGAUUUGAAAAUGCAUCUGAGAGUGCACACUGGAGAAACGCCUUACAAGUGUGAAAUUUGUUUGAAGCAGUUUUCUUAUAACGGCAGUUUGAAAACUCAUUUGAGAAUACAUACUAAAGAAACUCCUUACAAGUGUGAUAUUUGUUCUAAGCAGUUUGCUCAAGCAAUUAAUUUGAAAACACAUUUGAGAAUGCACACUAAAGAAACUCCUUACAAGUGUGCAAUUUGCUUCAAAAAUUUUUCUCAGCAAACUCACCUGAAAGUCCAUAUGCGUGUUCACUCUGGAGAGAAACCUUAUACAUGUGAUAUUUGUUGUAAGCAGUUUUCCCAAACUAGUCAAUUGAAAACACACAUGAGAUCUCACACUGGAGAAAAACCUCACAAAUGUGAUAUUUGCUUUAAACAGUUUAGCAGCUCUAGCAGUUUGAAACAGCAUUUGAGCGUGCAUACUGGAGUCAAACGUUACAAGUGUGAAAUUUGUUUUAGGAAGUUUUCUACAGCAGGAAAUUUGAAAAGCCAUAUGAAAAUGCACACUCGAGAAAAGCUUCACAAAUGUGAAAUUUGUUUUAAGCAGUUUUCUCAGAAAUGUAAUAUGAAUUAUCACAUGAACAUUCAUACGAGAGAAACACCUUACAAGUGUGAAAUCUGUUUUAGGCAGUUUACUAGAGCAGAUAAGUUGAAAAGACAUUCGAGAGCGCACACUAGACAAAUACCUUCAAGUGCUAUGGAGUUUGCUCGAGAGCACACCAUUUGAAAAGUCCUUUUAGAGUGUAUACUGAAAAAAAAUGUACUGUAGACUAGCGUGAAGCUGUAUGUAUACACCAAUAAGACACGUCAUGACAACCGCGUUUAGGCUAUUUCGCCUCUUCGCGGAAUGGGGAUAGAAGACAUUUUGGAAUGUUUUUAAUUUUUAGUUUUUUAUAUAAAGUGUGUCCCACUACCAUUGGAUGUAAUCGACCUAUGUUAUGAUCAUUUAUUUUCUCAAUAUAUACGCAACUGCUAUGAUGAUCAUAAUUAUUAGAAGAGGCAUUAUAAAGUUUUACUUCCCUUGUUUUGUUAGUGUUAUCACUGGAACUCGGAACCAUUUCCAUGGAAGUAUUAAGUAAAUUGUAUUCUAUUUCUAAUGGUUUCGCCCAAUACAAAUGCAAUAUCCACCAAUUGUUCGGUUGAAAAAUUAAAAUUUAAAUAUAAAAAAUUGUUACAAAAAUUUCAACUACAAAAGUAUUACCAGCUUUUGUGACACCAGUAAAUACUGUUUAUAUUAAGAGGAAACAGUAGCGAUCAACAGGUAGCGA